AGUCCAAAGCAAGUGCUCCCCAUGGUGAGGUUCAUCCACCAGUGGCUCAAGGCUAAUGAGUUUCCUGAGUACAAUCUGUACAGGCCCCUUCUGGAUCUGACAGAGGCACAGCCUGCUGACGUGGUGAUGGCUCUCCUGCGUGUGGCCCCAUGGUGUGACAGAGCUGCUACCACCAUGUGGAAGAGCAUCAUGUGCUCGUGCAGGGCUGCAGAGCCAGCCAUGCUGAUACUCCUGGAUGUGCUGGGCACCUGGCCAGAGCUCAGCAUGUGCACCUCCGACGGGGACCACACGGCUGUCCUUGCCCUGGCUGCAACUGUGGUGAUAUGGAAGAUGCUCCAGCUGCCCUGUGUCCCACAUGCAGUGACAGUGUAUUUCCCCCGUCUCUUGGUGCAUCUGCUCUUGCAAGUGCUCUUCAGCACAUUGGAUCUGCCAGAGAAGGUCGAUACUUUCUGGAAGAGAUGCCAGCAGCAACACGGCCUUGCCAUCAGCCCCAACAGGUUUGCAGUGCAGACCCUGAAGGCCCUGCUCUGCCGACUGCACUAUGAGGAUGUGGUGGCGGCAGUGGAAGACGAGUGUGGCUGGGACACGCUGCUGUGUGCUGGCACGCACCACUGUGCUGUGGGUGUGCUGGCCAGAGCAAUGCGUCACGUGUCCCUACCCUUGUGUUCUGCGAUUGCAUUCUACCUGCUCGGGCUGCUCAGCAAAGACACGGCACACGGGGAUUUGGCCGCCAUGGCGUUCCUUGUGGAGAUGUUGGAGUGCCUGGACUCGAGUGAAUACCGUGACAGCGUCCUGGAGAUCACAUCAAACAAACUGCAGAGCGAGUGCAGGGAGAGGCGUCGCUUGGCACUCAGAGGCCUUGUGGUGCUCGGCAAGAAUUCCUCCAUGGUGAGAAGGGGGCAGCGGCUGCCG